AUGGAUCGGUUCAACAAAACUGCUUUGGAAAUCCGCAAUCUCAAUCCGACUGUUGCACUGCAUCACCUGACAACAGCUUUAAAGCCUGGGCCGUUUGUUAAUAGCAUCUGUAAAAAGCCUCCUUCGGACAUGCAUGAUUUACGAAGGCGGGCCGAUAAGUAUAUGCAAAUGGAAGAAUUGGCUGAAUAUCGCAAUCAAGCCCGAGCCGAACCAUCGAGCAAGCCAGAGAAGCAAACAGAGCAACCAUACAAGGGGCGAGGCAAGGAGAUAACCUUUCGGGACCGACCCGUGCGGGGAUCGAAGUAUACACACUAUACCCCUCUCAAUGCAAGUCGAUCCGCGGUGCUUGAACACGCGUUGGCGACGGAAAUACUGGCUGUCCCGAAAAGGGCUUCCACUCCUCCACGCGCUGAUACCAGUAAAUCUUGUCGGUAUCACCGUAAUCGUGGACAUUCUACUGAGAAGUGCACAGCCCUUAGAGACAAAAUUGAGGUGUUAGUCAAGCAAGGCCGACUUCAUAAUUUUGUUAAUCGGCUUGACUCGUCUCGGUCCCGUCAAUAUCAAUCGAGACGUAAUCAGCCUAGGCAUGACCGUUCGGAUAGAUCUCGUAGCGAGCGAAGCCGACGAGAGAGAAAAGAUGAACCUACAGUUUCACAUAGGCGAGUCAUCAACACCAUCGUAGGAGGAUUCGCCGGCAGAGGCUCUACUUCUUCGGCCCGAAAAAGUCACUUGCGUGCCGUGCGGUCGGUCAACACAAUCGAUAGACAACCUGUUCGGAGAUUACCGGCCAUAACUUUCACCGAUGCCGAUUUCCAAGGCAUAGAUCCCAUACAGGAUGAUCCCAUGGUGAUUAGUGUCGAAAUUCACAACUGCAUCGUUAGAAAGACACUGGUGGAUCAAGGCAGUUCGGCAGAUAUAUUGUAUUGGAACACUUUCAAACAACUGGGUAUCUCCGAGAAAGAACUUAUGCCAUAUGACGAACCAUUAGUCGGCUUCUCAGGGGAGAGGGUAAGUACCAAGGGGUACAUUAAACUUUUUACUCGCUUUUGUUUUGAUGAGCAGGAGUAUAAAGACAUCCAGGUCAAAUACAUAGUAGUGCACGCUAGUACGUCCUACAAUAUUCUUCUGGGUCGGCCCUCAUUGAAUAUGUUGGGCGCUAUCGUUUCCACACCGCAUUUGGCAAUGAAAUUCCCAUCUGAAAAAGGGAAAAUCCUCACUGUUCAUGUCGAUCAGAAGGCAGCCCGAGAAUGUUACUUCGCUAGUCUACAAGUAACUCCUGUUAAGGAAACACAAUCAAAAUCAAAGAGAGUUCAUGUGGUGAACCCCCUAGAAGCAGAUACAUCUUCAACUUGGGAUUUGGAUCCCAGAAUGAAUGAGGACGAACGAAUGGAAUCAACCGAGGAGAAGAUUGUAUUCCAGAUCGGCUCGGAAACUUCCUAA